GCUCGAGCUCUGAUUGACAAUAAUGGCGACGCGUUCAUCUUGAGUUGCGCCCAAUGAAACAUCCCACAAGAACGCAUUUUCAGCGAUUCUCUUAGACGUUUAAAGCAUUAAGAUUGAUUUUAAAAUUGCCUGAAAGAAAUAUCCACAGGAUCCUUUUCGGCGGCGAGGAAAUCUCAAGGUCUGUUGUUGGAAUAGUUGGGAAAACACCAACAAAGGUCUCUUCAUCCAAGGCGAUGUGGCUGCUGUUUACAGACGUGAGCGUGUGAUUGUUUCGGGCGUGAGGAACUGCGAUAAGUUGAUCCACUACCAUUUUCAGGAAUUCUGUUUUCAUUCGGUAUAAACUGGGGACGCUGCUGGUUUAUAUCCAUUGGAUUGCAUGCAUUGGGAGCAGCGCUGAUUCUGUCCAAGCGCUUAUCUCGCGCAGAUAUUCGCAGUCGUGCCACGCGAAGUUGGACCAUCUGUUGAGCGUCUCGCGACUGCACUGUUAAUAUCGCGGGCCAUUUUUCUUUUGUUUUUUUAAAUUUCACGAUUAAAACGACGGUUGCUUUUUCUGAACUGAAAGACUUUGCGGCUGUUUUGGCAAAGUCUGGUUACUACUCUCAACUUCAGGAAGGAUAGCUAUAGUCUGUUAGCCCAGACUAGCUAAUUAGCUUCAGCUAACGGACUGAAAUGUACUCUUGUUUUGCCAAAUUAACAACUCGCUUAUUAUUGUAGCUUGAACAGCUCUCAGACGGUUUUGAAUAGUUCACUGUUGAAAGUCUAUCGUUUGUUUAUUUACAGACUACUCAUUUUCUGUAUUAAACAAGCUAGGUCACAAUUUUCGUGUCCUUAUCGCUAAGUUAUCCUAUCCUUACCAGCCACUGACCCCGCUGUAAACGGGGCGAAUCAUUGAAUUUCAAAUCUUACGUAUGCGAGCUGGCUCAACGGCUAGCUAAAUUCAUCUUCAUCGCGGUAUUUGCUCUUAAAUGACCACCGGUAGGAAUAACAGGGUCAUGAUGGAAGGAGUGGGUGCUCGAGUUAUCCGGGGGCCUGACUGGAAAUGGGGUAAACAGGACGGAGGAGAGGGGCACGUCGGCACCGUGAGGAGUUUUGAGAGUCCGGAAGAGGUGGUUGUGGUGUGGGAUAACGGCACCGCCGCCAAUUAUCGCUGCUCCGGAGCGUAUGACGUGAGGAUAUUAGACAGUGCGCCCACAGGGAUCAAGCACGAUGGCACCAUGUGUGACACCUGUCGGCAGCAGCCCAUCAUCGGGAUCCGAUGGAAAUGCGCAGAGUGCACCAACUAUGACCUCUGUACCACCUGUUACCAUGGUGACAAACAUCACCUGCGCCACAGGUUCUACCGCAUCACCACACCUGGCAGUGAGAGAGUACUUUUGGAAUCACGUCGCAAGUCAAAGAAGAUCACCGCCCGAGGCAUCUUUGCAGGAGGACGGGUGGUGCGGGGAGUGGACUGGCAGUGGGAGGACCAAGAUGGAGGGAAUGGCAGAAGAGGGAAGGUGACGGAGAUCCAGGACUGGAGUGCUGCCAGCCCCCACAGCGCAGCCUACGUCCUCUGGGACAACGGGGCCAAGAACCUCUACCGAGUGGGAUUCGAGGGCAUGUCUGAUUUGAAAUGUGUGCAAGAUGCCAAAGGUGGCGCUUUUUACAGAGACCAUUGUCCAGUGUUGGGUGAACAGAAUGGCAACAGAAACCCAGGAGGCCUGCAGAUUGGAGACUUAGUCAACAUUGAUCUAGAUCUGGAGAUUGUUCAGUCACUGCAGCAUGGUCACGGAGGCUGGACUGAUGGCAUGUUUGAAACGCUCACCACCACUGGCACCGUGUGCGGCAUUGAUGAAGACCAUGACAUUGUUGUUCAGUACCCUAGUGGAAACAGGUGGACAUUUAAUCCGGCUGUACUCACCAAGGCAAAUGUGGUGCGUAGUGGAGAUGUGGCGGCUGGUGCAGAAGGAGGCAGCUCACAGUUUAUGGUGGGAGACCUGGUCCAGAUCUGUUAUGACAUCGACCGCAUCAAAUUGCUCCAGAGAGGUCAUGGAGAGUGGGCUGAAGCUAUGCUGCCAACCCUUGGGAAGGUGGGCCGAGUGCAGCAGAUCUACUCUGACAGUGACCUGAAAGUCGAGGUGUGCGGGACGUCCUGGACGUACAAUCCAGCCGCUGUUACUAAAGUGGCUCCUUCUGGCUCUGCUGUUACCAAUGCCUCUGGAGAGCGCUUGUCUCAGCUCCUCAAGAAGCUCUUUGAGACCCAGGAGUCUGGAGACAUUAAUGAAGAGCUGGUGAAGGCUGCGGCCAAUGGCGACUUGGCCAAAGUGGAGGACAUUCUUAAGAGACCAGAUGUAGACGUGAAUGGGCAGUGCGCAGGACACACUGCCAUGCAGGCGGCCAGCCAGAAUGGCCAUGUGGACGUCCUCAAACUGCUGCUGAAACAUAAUGUAGACCUGGAGGCUGAGAUGCUGUCAGUGAUUGACGUGUGGCUCCUUCAGGAUAAGGAUGGAGACCGAGCUGUCCAUCAUGCAUCCUUCGGGGAUGAGGGCUCCGUCAUCGAGGUGCUGCAUCGAGGUGGGGCUGACCUGAAUGCCAGAAACAAGCGCAGACAGACACCCCUGCACAUCGCUGUCAACAAAGGCCACCUGCAGGUGGUGAAGACAUUACUUGACUUUGGCUGCCACCCCAGCCUGCAGGACUCAGAGGGAGACACACCUCUGCAUGAUGCCAUCAGCAAGAAGAGGGAUGACAUGCUGUCUGUGCUCCUGGAAGCAGGUGCUGAUGUCACCAUUACCAACAAUAACGGCUUCAAUGCGCUUCACCAUGCAGCUCUGCGGGGGAACCCCAGUGCAAUGCGUGUGCUGUUGUCUAAACUGCCACGGCCGUGGAUAGUGGACGAGAAGAAGGACGAUGGUUACACUGCACUUCAUCUGGCUGCCCUCAACAACCAUGUGGAGGUGGCAGAGCUUCUAGUCCAUCAGGGAAAUGCCAAUUUGGACAUACAGAACGUUAACCAGCAGACGGCAUUGCACCUUGCCGUUGAGCGUCAGCACACCCAGAUUGUGCGAUUGUUGGUACGAGCCGAAGCCAAUUUGGACGUGCAAGACAAGGAUGGAGACACGCCACUGCACGAGGCCCUGCGUCACCACACACUUUCUCAGCUGCGCCAACUUCAGGACAUGCAGGAUGUCAGUAAAGUGGAACCCUGGGAGCCCUCUAAAAACACAUUAAUCAUGGGACUGGGCACUCAGGGGGCUGAGAAGAAGAGCGCAGCUUCUAUUGCUUGCUUCCUGGCUGCUAACGGUGCUGACCUCACUAUCCGUAACAAGAAGGGUCAGUCUCCUCUGGACCUGUGCCCUGACCCCAGUCUUUGCAAGGCCCUGGCUAAAUGCCACAAAGACAAGUCCAGUGGACAGGUUGGCUCUCAUAGCCCAUCUCUGAACAGUAAUAAUGAGACUCUGGAGGAAUGCAUGGUGUGCUCGGAUAUGAAGAGGGACACACUGUUCGGCCCCUGCGGUCAUAUCGCCACCUGUUCUCUAUGCUCACCCCGCGUCAAGAAGUGUCUCAUUUGCAAGGAACAGGUCCAGUCCAGAACCAAAAUUGAGGAGUGUGUGGUGUGCUCUGAUAAGAAGGCAGCCAUGCUCUUUCAGCCCUGCGGUCACAUGUGCGCCUGUGAGAACUGUGCCAGCUUAAUGAAAAAGUGUGUGCAGUGUCGGGCCGUGGUGGAGCACCGCACUCCCUUCGUUUUGUGCUGUGGAGGGAAAGGUAUGGAGGAUGCCACUGAUGAUGAGGACCUUAAAAAUGCCACAGGCCAGGCUGGAUUUGCCCCCAAGCCCACUGCAGGGGUGCAUACAUUACAUAACAAUGUGACUGGUUGCUUCUCAGCAGGGGUCUCUAACUCAAUGGCAGGGGGGUCGCAGGAUCUUCUCCAGCCCAACAAUCUGGCACUAAGUUGGUCCAGUGGAAAUAUCCCAGCUCUGCAGAGGGACAAAGACAACACAAAUGUCAAUGCAGAUGUGCAGAAGUUGCAGCAGCAGUUGCAGGAUAUCAAAGAGCAGACUAUGUGCCCUGUGUGUUUGGAUCGACUGAAGAAUAUGAUCUUCAUGUGUGGCCACGGCACCUGUCAGCUUUGUGGAGACAGAAUGAGUGAGUGCCCCAUCUGCCGCAAGGCCAUCGAGCGUCGGAUCCUGCUUUACUAAAGAACCCAGUCUCAAUUGGGGCCUUGACAAACAUCCUUGCUUUUCAGCCACAGUGUGUGCUGCUGCUCUCAUAAGCACCAUUUCUGUAUCUGCAAGGCUCUCUGUGUCUCACACUAAUCUAAGAAUCAUCAGUGUUAUAGUUUUGUCUUAAAGCAUCUGAAAUCCUUAAAUUCAACAGCCUUAGGCUCAUAAUUGUCUGGAAAACUUCAGUUUUCUGUGUGCUUGGAUUAUGUUCAACGCAGUGAGGAAGAAACUUGCUUUUAUUCCUUAUUCUCAUUCUGUUCAUGCAAAUGUUCGCUUUUUUUCCCCAAUGUGUUUUUGUGAGAAGUAUAACAGAACCUUCUAAGGGGCAGGCUUUCUAUAAGACAUGAACUGAGUCUGCUGACUUCUCAUUAUAUCAGUGUAUUAUGCUUCUAUAUCCUGUUGCAAGCACAAUUGUAACUACAGUGUCAGUGUAGGUGAAGGCGUAGGACUUGACUGAACUCCGAACCCUGCCUGAGUCCCACUGAAAAUAUCUAUAGUAUGGCUAUUCAUUUUAAAAUCACAUUUAGAGUAACCAAGCAUUCAGUUCCAAAUCAUGUGUAAAUGUAAAGCAUUUUCAUAUACAGACAAAAAAAAGAAGUUUGUCUUGUCCACACACAUUGAUGUGAACAUUCAAAUUUACUUAGCAACAGUACUGUUAGUAUAACAUUGCAUGGUCCUCACUUGAAAUGCCAGCUGUGCUACAGUAUAUACAUUGAGUAUUAUUGUCACCCAUGAUGGAGGUGACUGUCACAAGAUCAAUGCUGGUGGCUGCAUGCUUUUCAUGCAACUGAACCCUGUUGUCUUCAAACAAAUAUUAAUUUACUUAAAGGUGCUGUAAGUGAUUUUUUUUUUUUUCAUGGAAAGGAAUGUGAAAAAUGUUUUCUACACCUUGAAAGAUAUCAAUGAAAUAAGUGUUGUGAGAUAUCUCACCUGUCUCUGUGACAGCUCUAGACUCUGUAAACAAAAAGUGUCUGCGGGCCGUGGUCAAUUAGGCUUUCUGCCUGUUAAUCAUUUUACGCGUUCUGAUAGUAUUGUAGUUUCAGCGAAUUAUUGAGGCAUAAUGCUAUUUUUAUGGCAUAUUGCUCAACAGUUUUCAGUUGAGGGCGCUAUUUUGCUGCUGUUGUUUUUGACCACUGUUUCUUCAUGAUGUUGGUCUCAAUAAAGCUCAUUUGGUAUCUUUUGAGUGCGGGGUUUAGGAAAGAGGGAGUUUGGCUAAUUCAACGGCUCAGCUUGUAGAAAUUCUAAAAGGGCUAAAAUUGCUUACAGUACCUUUAACAAACAUUGUUGGAUUGUUCCCCAGCAGUCCUGCUUAAUGUACCAAGUUUUCUUGCCAGAUAUUUAACACAAAUAAGGACAAGUUUGCUAGAAACUGCCGGUUUUGUGCCAUUGUUUAAAAAAAAUAUGAAAUACUUCCAUUACCUUUUGGAAAUAAGGUGCUGUUUAUCUAUCUUUACAGAUGUCUUUUAGUUAAUUUAUGUAUUUUUCAUCUAUUUUUUUUUUUUUUUUUUACCUAAAAUUAAUAAACAAGCUGUACCAUCUUGUAUACCCCCAUUAGAUGUAACUAAUAUGGGGGUCCUACAUUAACUGGGCCGCAAAAAAAGCCUGACCAAAAAACAUUUGUAGCCAAGGACUAUUAAUAAAAAUGGUCUUUCAUUUAGCAAUUUGGCAUCUUUCUGUGCUUGUUGUCAAGAUGCAUUUUAAAGGCCUGUAUCACAUUGUCGUGGCCCAUUCCAAUAUUUUCAUCAUGGUGCCAGAGAUCUAAAGAUACGUCUGUAGCUUGAUGGCAUGUUUCAUUUUAGUGUGACUCACCACUGCAAAGCAGACAUUUUUACUGGAAGCAAAAGUAGUUUCAUACUUUACCUUUUAAAGAUUUGUAUCAUUUUCUGUGAUCACUUUAACACUAAAAGCUAGAUGCACUAAAAUAUGUUAAUGGUAGUAUUGUAUUGUCAUGGUUACUCAAACUGUCUGUUUUGUACCUUAUUUUCAGUACACAAAAAAACUGCCCUGGUAAAAAAAAUAAUAAAUAAAAACAUUGAUACUAUCUUUUUUUUCUUGAAUGAACGUUUGAUGUAUGCUGUACAACAUUUAUCAUAGAAGACAUUGUUUUUGCCCUGUAUUGCAAUUUACUUUGAAAACGCAUUGCCGAAUAAAGAUUUAACAACA